AAAAUAUGGCAUCUCUGAUGAUUUCGCGGGCUAUCAUUCUUUUGCAAUAAUUUGUUGUGCUUGUAGUCGGUGGUGACAUACUAAGUUUUGUCUUUUAAUGUACACGAAUAUACAAAAUGGAUCUCGUCGGUCCACAGAUUUUAAAAAAUUCUUUAUCAGAGGAUGAGUUAAAACACAUACCAUCAGAAACUCAAGAAAAAUUGAUAACGCUUAUUAACAAAUGUUCGGAUGCAUUUUACAAAGGAAAAGCUGCUAUCAAUCGCCUCGAUGAAAAUGAACAAAAAGUUGAGGAGCUGCAAUCCCAAGUACAGAAUUACGAAGUGAAAUUAAGAGACUGUAAUCAAAAUAUUGACGAACUGCGAAAUCAGUUAGACAAAGUCACUCAAGAACGCCUACAAUUAAAUGAGUCUAUUUGUUCCUAUGAAAAAGAUCUUGCUACAUUACGUAUUGCAAAAAAUUCAAUUGAUGAACCUCGAGAUUCAUUGCAAACUUUCAUUGUAAACGCGAAAUGUGAAGCUUUAGCAUAUGUGGAAGAAAUUAAAAGUAAAGAAGCUGUUCAUGACUCUAAAGAGAAACACAUUGAACAGGAACGUACAAUGCUAAAUAAUAGGAUAAAAACUUUAAAUGACGAGUUAAGUAGGACCAGUUUAGAAUUACACAAUAUUCAAAGUAAAACUACAACUGAAACUCUACUUAUUGAAACCCGCUUGAAUAAAAAAACGGAAGAAUUAAAAAUUGUUCAGGAUCAAUGUGAACAAUAUAAGCAAAUGAUUGCCGCACUAACUCAAAAUAUUCAAGAUUUAAAUACAAAAAUAUUAAAACAAAAUGAAGAAACCAGUAAGAUGAUGGAAUUUUAUAAAAAAGAGUUAGAAGCAAAAACAAAAUUAGCUGAUUUGUAUGAAAGUGUUUCGGACGAUUCAAAUGUUGAAAAGAAUGAGUUAAAAAACGCUGUAACGAACUUAAGACAAAUGCUGAUUGAUGCAAGUGAUCAAUGUGGUGAAUUGAAAACAAAAUUCAAAGUGACUGUAGUCAAGCUGGAUCAAUUAAAAGAGGACAAGGAUAAGGUCAUUGAAUCAUUGAAAAUCCAAUUAAAACAUGCAAACGAACUUAUGAAACAAAAAGCAGAUGACGAUGUUGACCAUGCAAUUUCAAAAAUUGCCCCAUCUGCUGCUGUUGCUAGUCGACUUAUUAGAAGUGAUAUAUCGCUUACCGAAUUAUACUCUCUUUAUGAAAAUACGUCUGAAGAUUUAGAAAAGCAGAAACGCGAAAACUCUCGUCUACAGUUAGAGUUUAAUAAUAUUGUACAAGACUUAAAUCGUAAAAAGGGCGAAAUGGAAGAGAUUAUCACUAGUCAGAAUAAUCAAAUAAAACGUAAAGUUAAUGAUUUAAGCCGGCAAGUGUGUUACCUAUUGAAAGAACUAGAACAUUUGCGAAUGGGUAUUACUAACAAUGGUCCAUCAAUAAUUUGUGGAGGUCUCUCAACUACAGAUGAUGUUAUAACUAAAAAACUUGUAACAUUUAACAGUAUAACUGAAUUACACGAAAAUAAUCAGAAGUUAUUAAUUCUGGUGCGAGAUUUAAGUACAAAAUUAGAGGAAUCGGAAAAUGUGCGACUAGAAAUUAACGAAUCAUAUUAUAAGGAAAAAAUAGAUAAUUACACAGCGAAAAUUCAAAGCAUGCAAGAAACCAUAAAUCAACAGGCGAACACGAUUUCCACAUUAUUAGAAAAAACUGAACGAUAUAAAAAAAUGUGCUUUAAAUCGCAGAAAGAAUUUGAAAUAUCUGCUGAAGAAAAUUUUAGUGACUUAGAAGAUGGAAAUUAUGACAGCAUUAUAGCAAAGCACGAACAGAACCUGCAACACAUAAAAGAUGAACUUUCAAAAACUAAAAAGCGAUAUUCAUCAGCUGAAACAGAAAUGAAACUUUUGCGCAAUAAAAAUAAUUCGUUAAAAAAUACGAUCACUCGAUUACAAUCGGAAAAAGAAAUUUUUUAUCGUGAUCAACAAAAUCAAAAUCAUUUACUUAAUAAUAUAGAACUUAUUAAAACGAAUUUAGAACGUUCUGAAAUGGUAGGGCGGGCAGGGAUGGAACAGCGUUUAGAUAACACUGUACGGGAACUUUCUGCACAACGUCGACCGUUUCAAGAAGAAGAAGAUCGCUUCCGUGAAAUGAUCAAUAGUUAUAAACGACAGGCGGCAGAUAAAGCGAAAAUGUGUAUGGAGGAAGAAAAGCAGCAAGCAGAAAAAUUACGCACUUAUAUUGUUUCACUACGAGAAGAAAUAGCUAUAAAAUCAAAUUCAAUUGAUGACCUCAGCAAAAAAUUACAAGAAAGCUUAACACCGUCAAGUAAUGAUAAUCCUAUUACAGUAGCAAAUAAAAAAGUGAGAGAAUUAGAAAUAAGAUGUGAAGAAGCUAAAAUUGAAAUAAAUUCACUUCAAACCGAAUUAACUAAUUCGCGCGCACAUACAGAACAACUAUUUAAAAUGUCACAAAACGCGGAAGCAGAAGUUACAAAAUUACACGAAAUACAUUCAGUUUAUUGUACUAAAGCAGAAAAAGAAAUUGCAGAGUUAAAGGGUUCUGAACUCGAUUUAAAGACGAAAAUCACUGAACUUGAAUCAGAAAUACAGCUGUCAACAAUUCCGGAAAAUCCAACAACAUCUGGUAUUGAACAACUAACUAAGGUACAAGAUAAACUAAAAGAGAAUAAUGCCGAGCAGGAGUCCGUUAAAACAGCAUACGAUGAAUUGAAAAAAGCUUAUAAAGAUUCCAUAAAAUCGUAUCAAACUGAGCGAGAAGAAUAUGAAAAUCGUCUUAGUAUUAUAAAUAAUAUGAAUUCAAAUCUUCAUAGUCAAAUGGAAGCAUUAACUAACAAACUUUCACUUGUAACUCAGGAUAGUAAAACGUCAAUUUCACCUAAUUCAUCUGCGAUAGAUAUUUCUGUUCUUGAUAAUAGUCAAGCAAAUAUUGAUGAAGACAACAAAACCAACGAACAACUAUGGCAAUUUAUUAAAUUUUUGCGUAAAGAAAAAGAUAUAACUUUAGCAAAACUAGACAUUCUGAAGGCUGAGAAUGCACGUCUGUUGUCAGAACAAGAAAUUCUACAAAAAAAAGUCAAUGACUUAACUGAAUUUCUUAAUAAUGUCUUAGUAGUGUGUGCAACAAAACACGAGGAAAUUUUGAGAAAAAUUAAGCCGUUUGAUGCAUUGACUGAUAGUAAUCGUGUCUUACGUGAAGAAAGAAAUUCAUUAUAUGCCCGAAAUAAGGAGCUUAAUGAAAAAAUAAGUUCAAUUGAAGAGGAACUAUUUCCACUUCAAGCGCAAAAUCAUGAAUUUACGUUAAAAAUUGAGGAAUUAGUAUUAGAAAAUACAUCUGCAAAAAAUGAAGCUAUGAAAUGGCGCCAUCGAGCUAAUGCUUUAGUAGAGAAAACAAACAAAAAUCCAGAGGAAUUUAAAAGAUUGCAAAUGGAGAGAGAGAAUUUAGCCAAAAUGUUGACAAAUGAGAAGGAAAUUUUAAAACAAGCAACAGAUGAAAACAACAAUUUAAAGGCCGACUAUGUCCGAUUAGAGACUGAACUCGCUCUUUUAUCAAAACAAUUAGCAGCAUUAAGUGAGGAACAUAAAAAGGUUUCAGAUGAACUAGUGACUGCUAAAAGUACCAAUAGUCGAAUUAUGUUAGAGCUAAUGGAGUUAAAAAAUAAAAUUCUACAAAAGGAGGAAAUAAUUCAGAAACAUAUUGAAACUAUAGAGUUAAAAGAAGUUCAAUUACAAGAUGUAAAGAAUAAAGAAAUUCAAAUUCGUAAAAUAGCUAAACGAUAUAAGGAUUCAUAUUUAGAGUUAUCUAACAAAAGAAAUGCAUCAGAAGAAAAUACGGGACAAAAUGCUAUGCAAACUUCAACAAAUAACACUAGUGAAGGUAAUGAAGGUUUAAGUAAUUUAUCUUCAUUGAAUGCAGAAAUCGACAGCUUUCGAAUCUUAAUAGAGAAACUUAACGGAGAACUCCGACAACUCGACGAUGAAAAACAAAAACUUCAAAAAAAAUAUGAUGAUUUAAAAAAUACAUUAGGUGAAGUUAAAGCGCAAAAUAGUGGUCUCUCAGACGCAAAAAUGACACUAACUCAAGAAUUAUUAACAAUCAAAACUAAAUUCCAAGCAUCUGAAGAUAAGCUUAUUCAGAUUACGAAUCAAUAUGAAGAAACUAUAACUCGUCUUGAAAAAGAACAAGUAGAUCAAAAUAUUUCAAAUAAAGAUUUAGUUGCACGGUUAACCCGCGACAAUGAAUCAUUAACUGUUUGUCUAAAUAAUCUUAAUCGUCUACUUGGACCUCAGCAGUCUGCAAAAGCAAGUACAAGUUCUAUUGCAAACUCCGAUAAAUGUUCAAUUUCAGACUCUUCACCACGUACCGCUAAUGUAAAACCUUUGUUGGGAUCCACAGUGCAACAGUCAGCUACAGUUACACCAUGGCGUGGAAGUGAAACACCUCUUGCUAGCUUUCGACUAAUAUCUGUGCAAAACAGCCGCUCGGCAGCUAUACUACCAAAUAGUCAACAAAUAGCAGCAAGUGGUUCUACAUCCUCUUCUACUACAGGAAGCGCCAGUAAUACAGCUCUAGUUCCACCACAACAGCAGGUACAUACAACUGCAAGUACAUCUGCAGAAUCGAUGUCAUCUUCUCCAACAUCAUCGCAUAUGGAUUAUAUGCCUUCAACAAGUUCAGCUUCGGUUGCAGUUGCUACUAUACCGUCCAUGGGUGCGAUUAACACUGCAGAAAGUUCUCAAGAAGCUGAAAGUGUUCAAUUAUCACAGCAAAAUGAUUCACAGCCGCAAGUAAGUGGUGGGCAAUCCCAAGUUGUAGCACUACUUUCACCUCGAGUCGAAGGUUCUAUUCAAAAUUCUCCUUCACCAAAUCCUCAAAUUCACCAAGAUUCUAAUAAUCAGCAGCCUAGUACUUCCGGCACAACUAGCUCUACUUCACAUAUUGCAGUAAGUAGCCAAAAUAGACAAACACCUUAUAGCAGCAAUGUAACAACUACACAUGCCGGAUCAUCUGGAGCUCACAAACGUCCCCGGGAUCUUGAUGGGGAUGCAUCUACGUGUACUGAGCAGUCUAAUGCAGAUAAACCUAAACGACCUAAACGUUUAAGGACACCAUUGCAUAAAAGUGAAGCCAAUUUAUUGGACGUAGAAUAUCAUGUACCAACUUCAUCACAACGGGAUCAAGAGGAUGAAAUUGUUGUCAUUGAUUCUAAAGAUGACGGUAGGGUAGGAAUUGAUGAUGGUCCAAUGGACGGUGAUACAGAACAUGCCUACGAAGAUUUAUAUGCACCUAAUGCAGAUUUAGGUGGAAACGAUGGUCGCAAAAUAAAAAUUGACAAUAAUGAAGUUGAUGUUGAUGAGUGCGUAGAAAGCCAAGCUGAAUAUUCGUCAAUCAAUGAUAAUCAAAGCACAGAAGCAAGUACAAGCCAAGCAGCUGCACAGCAAGAAAAACAUCAGCAAAGUCAAACCAUAACCAGCGGAAGUAUCGAAUCCAGUUCAAACAUCCAACAGCCACCUCCAACGCAGUGGAAACAACAAGCAUCGUCCACAUUUAACAGACAACAAAAAAUAACAAAUGUUGCAUCACCACAAGGCACAUCAACUAAAGUUCAUGAAGAUAACAAUAAAGAUGUAAUCGUUGGCAGACCCUCUGAUAAGUAA